UGAGCCGCUAAAGUCGGAGCCGGAGCUGAAGCGAGCGCUCUGCCGAGACUUUUUUUUACCGUUUGACGGCUUCAUGACGGAGGAACACGGAGCCGCGUUAGCCGCUAACCGCUCGUUUGAACCGUCCGCCGUGGAAAUGAGCGAGUAACUUAAGUGUGCGUGCUUGGAUGUGAUGGCGGAGCUCCCGUCUGGACUGCUGGAGGCAUGUGUUGUGGUUGGAGCGCCCAGCGAUAAGCUUCGAGACAUACACCAGCUUCAUCAGCAGAGCAAGUUAAACGAACUCCCCCUGCUGGAAGCCGAGGUACUGCAGGUUCACGCGCCGCCCUUUGUUUCCAAGGAGACCAACUCGAGGGAGGUGAUUGGUCCAGCUUUCAGCCGAGUCCAGAGGAGGAGGAGCUUCAUCAAGAAGAAGAGACGAGAUCGUGGUGCGGACACACUGUCUAAUGGAGAAGCAUCCAGUCGUGCUGAAGUGUCGUCAGCGACAGAGGACAUCAGUGUUCCAAAGGAUCUGGAUUUAAUCGCUUUGCCGCAGCUCUGUUUCCCUGGUGGUCUUCAGUUAGCCAAUGAACAGAGAGAAGACAGCUACCACUUCCUGGUUUUCACUGACCUGUUUGGCAACCGGACCCAUGGAGUCGUUGUGCAGUGCUACAGAGCUGUACAGUCCGGUCAGGAAGGCGUUGUCCAGAAUGGCCACAGAUGGAACUCGACUAAGUCCCGUCUUUACACACCUUUUGCUGUGUGCAUCAUCUCUAAGUUCCCCUACUACAAUGCUCUGAGGGACUCCUUGUCAUGUCUCCUGGUCCAGUUGCAGCCUGCAAGACAUGCCGACUUUGAGGAGACCAUCAAGGAGUUUUCUGCCAAGCUGUCCCUGGUUCCCUUACCGCCUCCGGGACAGCUGCAUGUGUCCUUCAGUCUCCGUCCUCUCCAAGUGGUUCUUCCGUCCAGGGCGGACCAGGACAGCCCUGUAAUUGACAUCGACCUUCAUCUACCUUUCCUCUGUUUCUCACACACAACACUGCUUCAGUUGCUGUCCUGCCUCCUCCAAGAACAGAGACUGGUCUUCUUCUCAUCUGACUGGGCCAGACUCACUCUGGUUGCAGAGAGUCUGCUGUUGUACCUGCAGCCUCUGUCCUGGCAGCAGCCUUAUGUUCCUGUCUUGGCGAGAGGAAUGUUGGACUUCCUCAUGGCUCCUACGGCGUUCCUGAUGGGCUGUCACAUUAGUCAUUUUGAAGAGGUUGCUGCAGAGACAGAGGACCUAAUCCUUGUGAAUGUUGAUGAUGGCAUCAUUCAGUCGUCAUGGUCCGAAACCAUCGAUCUGCCUGCCAUCCCUCUGGCUGCAGCAGAGAGUUUCAUGUCAAGGGCAGAGUGUCUCCAGCUUCACUACGACUUGGAACUGUGUCACGUCGGUGCAGGCACCGAUGUGAAUGCCCUGCGAUCCCAGCGCAGAGAUUGGCAGAGACGACUCCACUCACAGAUACAAAACAUUGCCCUGGAGCUGGUGGUCAACAUCUUCAGAGGGGUCCAGGACUUCCUAAACCAUGAACACAGAGUUUUUAACAGUGAGGAGUUCCUCAGAACGAGGGAGCCAGCAGACCAGUCGUUUUACAAGAAGGUACUAGAGACUCAUAUCUUCCACUCGUUCUUGCGAGACAGGCUCAACAGGAAACGGGACACCUUCAGCCGCAUGGAGCAGAACAUGCGUAACCAUGCACCCAGGAAUCGUGCAAUGACUGAAACUCCUCGGCGUCCUCCAAUGUCCGAACUGUCCAGGACUGGCUACAGCAGCUACACCAGCCCUGACCACCGACUGAGCAAGAGACUGGGAGCCAGUCUGCCCAAUCUGGAGCAACCUGCCAGUGACACUACGAUCGUCAUCAGCUCCAGCAGACCGGGCUCCAUCAGGAAGAUGACUCCGGAUACCGGGUUGAAGCUUCCUCAGAAAGCUGUGAAGGUUUUUCGCCUUCCAGAGUUUCCACCUCCGUUGGCCUAUCAUUACGUCCAGAACUAUUAUUCUGACAUGGUCGCUUCACUAGGGAAGGCUAUUAAUGCUACACCGCCUGAUGAGUCUGCUCUGCUGGCCAGGUAUCACUACCUACGUGGUUUGGUCAACACUGUGUCCAACAGGCGUCUGGAUGCACUAGAGGACUUCCAGAGUCUUUACAAGACCGACUCCGAUAUCUUCCCUUCUCAGAUGGUCAAGUCCUUGGUUGACUCCCUGCCAGAUGUUGAACGCUUACAGGCGGACAAGCGACCGGAGCUCAAACGGCUUAUCAGUCGGGUCAAGAGGGACCAGGAGCUGGAACGUGCGCACCACGGCAACGGACGCGAGGAAGAUGCCGUAAAGCGCUUCCAGCUGCCGAAAAAAUACAUGCAGCUUGAGGAGUUUGUGAAAUGCGUCCAGGAGUCUGGCAUUGUGAAAGACCAAGGAGCCAUUCACAGGCUGUUUGACGCUCUUACUGUGGGUCAUCAGAAGCAGGUUAGUCCGGACUUGUUCAGAGUGUUUUACACCAUCUGGAAGGAGACUGAGGCUGAAGCACAAGAGGUGUGUCUGCCAGCAUCUGUGUUGGAGCAUAUCGAGGCCACCGAGUACGUCUUCAAGCUGUCCUCGUCGGUCAAGACGAGCCGCGGCGUGGGGAAGAUCGCCAUGACUCAACGACGGCUCUUCCUGCUGACCGACGGACGGCCGGGAUAUGUGGAGGUGGCACAGUACCGAGAUUUAGAGGAGGUGAAAGUGUCCUCCGCUCCCUUCCUGCUCCUGCGAAUCCCCAGCCUGAAGCUGCGUGUCCGGGGAAGGAAGGAGGCAUUCGAGGCUAAUUUGAAAACAGAGACUGAGCUUUGGAAUCUGAUGGUCAAAGAGAUGUGGGCCGGACGCAACAUAGCCGACCAACACAAGGACCCACAGUACAUGCAGCAGGCUCUGACCAAUGCCUUGUUAAUGGAUGCUGUGGUGGGCAGCCUUCAGAGCAACAAGGCCAUCUACGCUGCCUCUAAGCUGGCUCACUUUGAUCGCAUCAAGAUGGAAGUCCCGAUGAUGGUUCCCAAGACAACGGCAGAGACACUAAAACACAAAAUUAACCCUUCGUUGGAACUCGCUGCACCUCAAGCUGUGGACGUACUUCUGUACACACCAGGCCAGUUGUGGGUGUCUGUGAGCGGGGGGAAGGUGAUGGUGUUUGAUGCCUCCAGCUGGUCCCUCACACAUACCUGCCAUGUCGGGAAUGCAAGACUGAACUGCAUGAUGGGAGUCGACAAGGAUCAGGUGUGGAUGGGCUCGGAGGACUCUGUGAUCUACAUCAUCAGCAUGGUGGCCAUGGUGUGUAACAGACAGCUGACUGAGCACAGGGCCGAGGUCACCGGACUGGCACUCGACACGGACAAGUACAGCCAAAAGGUGGCGUAUUCCUGCAGUGCGGAGGGCAGCGUCAUGGUGUGGGACGUCUCCACACUGCAGGUAAAGAGGCACUUUCGGCUCUCCUGUGAUCGUCUGCAGUCCGUCAGCAGCUGUAACACGACGCUCUGGUGUUGCUCCAGGGACAGUAUAAUGGAGGUGUGGAGGAAUGGUUCCUUAAAACAUCGUAUGAAUUUGCCAGAACAACUUAAAGGAUCCACAGCUACAUUCAGCGCUGCACUGCUCCUACCCGAGACGGAGGAGCUGUGGAGUGUUUGCGUGGACUCAGGAGAGGUAUGUAUCUGGCAUAUUAAAGACACGAUCAAACCGUUCCACCGCGUGACUCUCCCAGACUGCACCGGAUGUUACUGCAUGAUUAAAGUCAAAAACCAGGUGUGGGUGGGCGGUGCGGGCCGCAGCUCAACCAAAGGGAAGAUUUACAUCCUGGACACGGAGCGCUACCAGGUCCUGAAGGAGCUCCACGGCCACACCGACAAGGUGACGGCGCUCUGCUCGGCCGAGGAUCGCUACGUCCUCAGUGGAGCCGGCAAACACGACGGAAAGAUUGCCAUCUGGAAGGUGGAGUAGAGAGUCGAUUCUUAACGCCUUUGCUGUGUUUAAAACAACUCUGGGACUUCCUGUGAGCUGAGAAAGGAUCACAGACACUUGGCAAAUGGAAGGAAGGUCCAGAAAGCAAAGGAUCACAACCAGAGAUACUGUAUGAAGGAGGCAACAAGUUUACAUGAAGUCAAGAACCAGGUAGCUUCUCCUGCCUGUCAUGAAGCUGCAGCAAGAAAUGGAACUGAUGUGUUAUUUUUCAGCAACGUGAAAGAGAAACGAAGACUGAAAAAAGAAACGUGAACUCGUGUUCUGCUGGAUUCUCUGAUUUUUUUGUGCGUCACUUUACUGAAGGUUUCUACAUCUUUCGUACUGUCAGGCCACACCUUCGUUUCAUCACACUGGUGAGAUGUGGGAACUCUGUGUGACUGAGCCUUAUCUCCAGCUGUGCUUUUGAGGUAAAUUUCUGUAUUCAGAGGAGUCAAACGACCCUGAAAACAAAACCGUGGUUGGAGAUUUCACCAUCGCUGUGGGAAAGUCCCGACAGAAGUUUGUUUUGAUUGUUUAUGCCUCGAUGUACAGGCAGUGUGAUGAUACACGAUGAUGGGAACUGGACUUGGACUCUGCAGGAGUGCGUCAGAGCAUCUUGAGUGAAACGUGUUUAGUCCUGCAGCAACUGGAAUAUGUUGAAACACAAAAUAAGAACUCUACAAUACCUAGACUGGAGGCCAGAUGCUUUUUUAUUGUUCGACAAAGUUUUUGUUUUCUACGGAUAUUCCGACAAGAACAAUUUCACUUGUGACUCAGACAGUGAAGAAUAAGGUCAAAAUUCCACAAAACCCCUCGAGAAAUUCAUUCACAUAUUUAUGUUAAGUCAAAAGGCCUGUCUGUAAAGUGCUUCAGAUAUAUUAAAAUAUAUUUAUAUUCUCUACAUGUUUUGUGUUCUGUACAAUUUAUAAAGAUUUCAAAUUACGAUCAGAGUAGUGUUAUUUGUACAUUAACCACGUGAAACCGGACAGACAGACUUUAUCGAUUCUUCACAUAUGGAGAACCUCAAGUUUUCUUAUCAUUAAGGAUUUAAAAUGUCAACUGUAUUUUGGUUCACAGAACCAUGAUUACAUCAGGGAGACGGUGUCCCCUGAGGUUCAAUCUUAGGUUCAGCUUAUUCUUUAUUAUAGUAUUUAUACACUGUGUAUAUAAGUGGGGAACAUGAACGUAUGUACUUGUUUUGUAAACUAAAGUGAUGCCAAUGCAACAUGAAACAACUGUAUUUAUGAAUUUUUUUCAGUGACUUUUGUAAGACUUCAUAUUAAACUGUAUUAUCUCUGAC